UCUCACACCCGUGUGCCCGGGACCAGGUUAUGGAGUUGUCCAAGGUCUGUGGGGGAAGAGACGGCCUUUGAGAAUGCUCUAGACAUGUCAGGGACAAGAACAGCUGUGGGGGUACCCCCAGUUUCAAGAGAGGAAAUAGGCCUUGGCCAUUUCAGAGACCACCUACAGCCAAGUGGGAGGAGGCUGGCUGGAGAAGUGUCUUCAGUCAGAGUGAGAGGGAGCAAUUUGGGAGAGAGUUAUGUGGGGGAGGCUAGAUUGAGGGGGGCGUUCCAGUAGUGUGUGUAGGGAAGAAGUUGGGGCUCUGGGAGGGAACAGGUUAGGGGGAGGUUUGUCAUGGGUUGUGGAUAAGCACAGGCUGUAAGGGCAUCUCGGCAUGGGGGAGAGAGGGUUUUCGUGGAGAUGCACCAGGGUAUGUAGAAGGACAAAUUGGGAAGUUUCCUGGAGCAGAGGGAAAGGGCCAGAUUGCAAGGAGAGUCCCAGAACUUUGUAUAGGGGGACAGUUUAGGGCUGGGUGUCCCUGGACUUCGUGUGUGUGUGUGUGUGUGUGUGUGUGUGUGUGUGUGUAUGUAGCAUCACUUGAGGCAUCCUGGAACUGUGGGAAUCACCUAGUUUUUUUCUAGUGGAGAACAGACUGUUUGGCCCUUGGCACCUAGAAGCAGCCAGAGGGAAAGUACUGACCAUUCAAAAGUUGCAGAUCCCUGGGCCCCAUUUCUGCAGACUUCAUGCUGCAACUCCAGCCCCGCAACCUGUGCCGGUGUCAAGCCAGUUGGGAUUGCCUCGCUCGUUUGCCUCCUCCCAUCUGCUUUUUUCACCGUGUGUCUACAGCCUUAGAAAUAAGGACUCUUAGAAGCUGUCUUUAUAUUCCUGAGAAGAAUCUGUCUUUAAGCAAAUCUAGUCUGCAAAUUUUGGAUUUAUUCAAAAGCUUAAAUUAGGGUUUUUUUUAAACCUUGAAUUUCCCAAUUGAUUUACUAUCAGAUUUUUUGAGAGAACAAAUUCCCCAGGGAUUUAAAACUAGUCAGUUCACAGAAAAUCAGCUUAACAAACGCUAAAUCGUGUACUAUGCUCAAAGCACUUUGUGAUGGGAAAUAGAAGAGCAAGACAAGGCCCUUCCCCUCAAGGCGCCUUGUCUGGCUGGGAAGAUGCGACAUACACAUGUGAAAUAGGAAUGGUUUUAGGGAAGACUGUUGCCUGAUGACAAGGCUGUCACUAUUGUUGUGUACUACCUGACAUGAUGGGACCAGGCCAGCCAGCCUCCACCUGUGUUCAUCUAGCACCUAGGACCCAACUUGAUGGGAGGAGCGAUCCCACAGUUCUUCAGACCCAGAACCAGCUGCAGUUUAAUAGGAAUGUUCCUACACAUUCAAGCAACUUGGCAAUCCGAUAUUCUUGUCCGCAUGCCAUUAGAAUUGAAAAACUGAAGCACUCAUACAAUGAAUCAUACCAUUGUAAAGAUGCAGAUUGUAGAGUUGGUCCUGACCUAGGCAGUUCUGUUUCAUUUUCUGUCAUAUCAGAAGAGAGACUUAGUUAUGCUGUCCACCUAGCCAGAAGAGAUGUAAAACGAAGACAAUUUGAAGAACAUAUAAAAGAACAUCAUCUCAGAAGUCAGCCUCAAAGCUCUCGGAAGUGUGGACAUACUAAAUGUAAAGUACCUGACCACAGGGUGGAAAGGAAGGAAUCAAAGAGUCAAGCAGCCUGUCCGUGCAGCCACCAGCCGUCCAAAGUAGAAAUCUCCAGCUCGGGUGCCAAAGUAUACCUUUACUCAUCUCAUCCAGGCCAGUCAGAUCUCACUGUGCCAAAUUCACCACCCACCCACGAUCCGGGACUUCAGCCUCAUCCCAGGACAGGCGACCACAAAAGCAUAAGCGAACAGAAAAGCCUGCUAGAAGUCCAGCGACUCCAGAAAGAACUGAGCAGUUGUAUCCACAGAAUUGAAGAGGUAACUAAAAAAGAUAGAAUAGAAGAAGCUUUGGAUCCAGAUGAAGAACGUCGAAUCCGUGUCAGGAGACAGGAGCAAGCUGCUCGCUCUGCCCGAAUGCUCUACGUGCUCCAGCAGCAGGUAAAAGAAAUCCAGGAAGAAUUGGAUAAAUUGAGUCCACAUAAAAUUAAACACACUAAGAAGUCAUGGGCAAUGUCUAAGCUGGCGGCUGCCCAUCGAGGAGCCAUUCGGGCCUUACAGAUGUUUGUCACUCAGUUUACUGACCGAGGGGAGCAUCCACUUCCUGCUCGGUGUAGGGAACUGGGCAGCCUUAUUCGCCAGCUUUCACUUUGUUCUGCCAAGCUGGAUGCGGACCCUUCUGUUCCUGAUGUGGUUAUAGAUAUUCUGCAACAAAUUGAGGCUUUGGAAUCUCUCCUGGAAAAGAAACUGUCACCAAAAAAGGUGAAAAAAUGUUUCAGUGAAAUUCGGAGCAGAUUUCCUGUGGGUAGCCAAAAGGCCUUAGAGAGAUGGCCAAGUAUAUCACCAAAGGGUGAGAGGAGGCCCCUCACAGCAAAGGGCACAUGCCCACAGGAAACAAGUCAACCUUCCGUGGCAAAGCAGCUUCUUGCUGAUAAGUAUCAGCCUGAUACGGAGCUUCCGGAGACCCAGAGGUUGCAGAGUGAGCUUGAUGUAUUAGAUGCGGAUAUCCUUCCGGAAGAAGGACCAUUUAUUCUAGACCAAAGUGCAAGCUUCAAAGACAAAGUGUUAGCCGUGGCAAAAACAAAAGCAGUGAAAAGGAAGCCUGUGACUGAGAAUGUGCCAUUUAGGAAGAAAGAUACUCUGGCGCCAGCACGACAGCAAGGACUCCGCAAAGCUGAAAGAAGUAGACAAAGCCAACCUCACAGUAAAAGCAGAGUGCAGCAGACAACAGUUUCAUCCAGAUUAAAAAUGAACCGGCAGCCUGUGAAAGACCGCAAGGCACCGUGGAUACCCCCAAACGCCACAUCCCCACCAGCAUCUCCUAAACGUGCCACAUGGCUAAAGGUGAAAUCUAGCCCCAGAGAUGCCACAAAAGAGCCUCUCCUGCCAGAAGAUCCUCAAGAGGAAAGUCACCUGACAGGUGCUGUUGAGCACGAAGCAGCCAGGCUCGCUUGGCUUGACGCUGAAACUUCCAAAAGAUUGAAGGAACUGGAAGAAUUAAAAGCCAAGGAAAUUGACAACAUGCAAAAGCAGAGGCUUGACUGGCUUGAUGCUGAAACUGCUAGAAGAACAAAGGAACUGAAUGAGCUCAAAGCCGAAGAAAUGGAUAGACUCCAAAAAUUGAGUGUUUCUGCCACCCAGUUAGCAGACAAGGUAGAGGAGGCAGUUCUGGAUCGUUUGAAGCCUCUCUUGAUCAAGGCCCAGAGAGUCAAUUCUGCUGCAGAAGCACAUACUCAUUUGAAGGAUGGCUCGUCAGUAAACACAGUGACAGCCCAGCCUGCACAGGAGGUUGCCGCUGUUGAUUUUGAAUCCAACAACAUUCGUCGGCUUGAUGAGUUUUUGGAAGAUUCUGCCCAUGAGCUCUGGGCUGUGACUCAUGCUAAGAUCUUGGGGUCUGAAACCUUAGCCACCAUUGAGGACAGCAAGGAUAGCCCAGAUCUGGAGAUCAUGAUGCGCAGAAUGGAAGAGAUGGAAAAAUACCAGGAGUCCGUUCGUCAAAGAUAUAAUAAAAUCACAUAUGCUGAUCCUCGUCUCUGGAUGCAGGAAGAAAACAAUGACCAAAAAAUCUCAGCAAUAAGUGAAAAGCCUCUGUCUCCUCAUCUAAUCAGAAUCACGAAGACAGUGGAUCGCAAGGAUCCAGCCGUGAACAUCAUGUUAGAAAGGCCCUGUAAUGGCAAUUCCCUGGAUGAAAGUGUGGGAACAGAGGAGGGAUCAGAGAAAAGAGAGGCCCCCCUGCUCUCCCUUGCAGAAGAUUCUCAACAGAAAGAAGGCCGAGCUCCCCUCUUUGUCCCACCCGGUAUGCGGCACAGCAUCGGCGACUACUGCAGUCGUUUUGAGCAGUACCUUCGGAUCAUAUCUCAUGAGGCUGUAGGCUCCUUCAACCCGUGGCUGAUAGCUGAAAGGCUUUACAGGAAGCAUGGUGCUGGCAUAUGCUUGGCUUCUCGGAACACCUCAGGAAACGUACAGUCAUGGCAGAAGACGAAGUGGGGAACAGUCACAUCACAUAGCAAAAGAAGGAGCAAGCAAGGGGUGGGGGAGAAUGCCAUACACUUUUAAAUGACCAGGUCUCCUGAGAACCCACUAUCAUGAAGACAGCACCAAACCAUGAGGGAUCUUCUCCCGUGAUCCAAACACUUCCCACCUUGCCCCACCUCCAGCACUGGGGAUUACAGUUCAUCAUAAGAUUUGAGCGGGAACAAAUUAUACAAACUGUAUCAACAGGUGAGCCAGGAAAUAGGAGGCUUGAUUGACAUUCUUGUUCUUGAAAAUGAGCAGACAGCUGAGAUGACCAGGCAUUUGAUAAAAGAUACAUAGGUUAUUGUAACAGAUAAGCACUCUGAGGAAGCAAAGCAGACAAUACAGUGAGAAGAAUAAAACAUUAAAAACAGGCUAGAAUUAAUAUUCUCAGAGAGCUAAGUGAAACUGUUAUAUCAUGAAACAAGAACAGGAUACUAUAAAAAAGGAACUUUCAGGGAAUGAAAAGAAAGUUCUUAGAAAUUAAAAACAUGAUGGCUCAAGUAAAACUCACUAGAAGGAUCCAAAGAAAAAAGUCAAAUGUUUCAAGCGGUAGAAUAAAAAGACAAGAAACUAGGUAAUAGAGAAGAAAUAUUUUUAAAAUUAGAAGCCUGUUCUAGGAGAUUCAACAUCUGAAUCACUGGAGUUCCAGAAUGUGGGAAAAGGGAAAAAGGAGCAAUGGGAAACUAUCAGAGAAAUGCUAUAAGAAAAUUUCCCAGAAAGCUGUCUUUAGAUUGAAAGGGUUCAUCAGUUGUCCUCUUGUGAGUGAGUGAAGGAAUAAAUGAAUAGAACAGGACAGAACACACCAUGGCACAUCAUUAUGAAAAGAAAAUUUGAGCAUCUCAAUAUAAGGAAAAGAAAGAUGACAAAAGAUUCCAGAGGGUAAAAACUGUACACAUUCAAAUAAUCAGAAAUGAGAAUGGCAUAUUGUUUUUUGUAGCAACACCAGAAGCUAGAAGGUAUUAGAGCCUCCUUUCAAAAUUUAACCUAGAAUUAUGUGCUCAGAUAAAUUAUCAAUUAAAGAUAAGGGCAGAUAGAACAGAAACAUUUUUAGGGCUGGGUAUGGUGGCUCACAUCUAAUCCCAGCACUUUGAGAGGCUAGGCGGGAGGAUUGCUUGAGCCCAGGAGUUUGAUACCA